UAUGACCGAUUAGCGUUAAUAGUCCAAUUUGAAAUGCGAUAAUAAGUGGACUGUCCCAGAUGCAGCCAGUCCCAAGUCUACAUUCUGUUUGCUGCCAUGUAUUGGACACUGCUGCUGCUGUUUCUAUGUUGUGCUGCAUCCUCUGCUUACUUGCAGCCACAGCAACGCAUUGUGGGUGGCAACGACAUUAAUAUAUACAAUGCUCCGUGGCAAGUUUCGUUGCAGCUGAGUGCGCGGCAUGUGUGCGGUGGCUGCAUUUACAGCAAGAAUAUUAUUAUUACGGCAGCGCAUUGCGUGGAGCACAAAUCCGUGACCUUAUUGCAAGUGCGUGUGGGUGCAGGUCAGCACAAUUCGGGCGGUAAACUAAUGUCAGUGGCUGACUAUAAGCUGCAUGAGCUGUAUGAUGCAAAGUUUCAGCACUUUGAUAUUGCUUUGCUGCGCUUGAGCACAGAUCUGACAUUUGGUUUGACUGUCAGAGCCAUUGGCUUGGCCAGCAGCAGUGCAGCGCAUGGUCAGAGCGUCUCGAUGAGCGGCUGGGGCAGCACAGAGCCAACUGGCAGCCUUGCUAACAACUUGCAGUCAGUGCAGCUGCAGAUUAUCGAGCGUGAGAACUGUGCAUCCUCGCAAUACGGUUACGGCUGGCUGUUGGUGGGUGAGGAAACGAUUUGCGCAGCAGCUGCCAAUAAAGAUGCUUGCGCAGGUGAUGCUGGCGGCGCUUUGGUAGCUGAUAACAACUUGCUUGUCGGCAUUGUGUCGCGGGGCUACGACUGUGCGCUGGCCAACUAUCCGGGCGUGUAUGUAGACGUGGCUAAGCUGCGUGCCUGGAUAAUAAAGACAGCAAAUGAAAUGUAAUUGCUCUCAGAAUAAAUAUACAAAACCCCAACCGCCCCCCAGGUGGAAUCGAACCACUUCGACGCUAAUCGACUACGGAUUUGAAGUCCGCACCCCGGACCACCGAAGCUCAGUGGGGCAACUACUUAGCGCCUCAUUAGCUGUAUUUAAAUGUGCAAGCAGCGGAACUUAAACUUGGGAAUUAUAACUAUAAGUUAGCAAUAUAUUGUUAUCUUUCAACGCUCAACAGCAUCCACAACUCUUAUCUAUCGUAGAA